AGGAAUCAUCAAGAAAGUUCGAAAUGUUUGGUUGAAGAUUUCGUAAUUUGUGGGUACGAAAUCAAAAGCCUUUCAUCAAAAGUAACCAUUGAAAGAUCCACUGGAAUAUCCUGAAUUUUUUCAAGAUGUUUCUGUUUGCUUUUUUAAUGGUAAUGUUUACAUCUGGUAGUGCGUCGCUCGAGCUUUUCAUCUCUCAAAAGCAUGGCGUCGAUAAUUCAAGUUGCCUGCAACGAAACGCGAGCAAACCUUGUGGAUCUCUCAGUUAUGCACUUCAAAUUUUAAACGAAAGUACCUUUAAUGAAGAAACAGUCUUUGUGUUUUCUAUUGAAGACCGACGCUACAGUUUGCAAGAGAACGUUCAGGUUUUACAGCCUCGAAUGGACAGAUAUAUUUACAUAACGUCUGGCAGUGUUUCUACAGUAGUACGUGGCCUUGAUACAUCAGCGAUCACCAUAGGGUUGCAAGAAGCAAAGGCCACAUCUACUUUUAACAUUCAUGUGUCGAACAUCGAGUUUGAACAAUUCUCUCCCAAUGUUGCGGCCGUCGUUAUGGUUUGGCAGUCCAACAACAUCUCUUUCAACAACUGUGAAUUCCGAAACAACAGUCGAUCUGGUUUAAACGCAUUUGACAGCGGUGUUAAAAUAGAGGAAUGUUCCUUUGUCAAUAACACCUCCAACAUGCAAAAACUCAAGGAAUUAGACAGUCGGGUAAUCCCAACCUCCGUGUCCGUCUCUGGAGGGGCAGGGUUUGUGUUUGAACAAGCAGUUGGUUUGACUCUUGUCAUCCGAAACUCAAACUUCAGUGGUAACUCAGCUACAGUGAACAAGUCAGAGAAUUUUAUUCCUCCCAGUCCAUUGUCGCUUCUUCCUGGCUUGAACUUGAUAGGCGGGGGAUUGUUGAUAGUGUUCAGGUCCGACGCAAAAUCAUGUAGCGCUCUAGUUGAGGACUCAUCUUUUGAUCGAAACCACGCGACGUUUGGAGGAGGAUUAUAUUACGCCUCCUCUCAGUUGGCUGCAGGGAAUUCAAUAGAAAUAAAAAGAUCGAGCUUCUCGAAAAACCGUGCAUCGCAAGGCGGAGGCGGUAUAAGCCUCACCGUUUCGGGUGCAGUAUCAGGUAACGCAAUCUGUGUCACGCAAUGCGUUAUCAGUGAGAACUGGUCUAGAAGAGGUGGUGGUUUAAAUGUAUUUUUAAUGAGUUACUUUGGACCAUUUACUGAAUCUCUGAUGCAGUUUAAAAACGUUACCUUGGAUGGAAAUAGUGGCCGAGCUAGCGCUGCUGUUCGUCUCGAUACAACUCUUCCUGUUGGAUUUCCUAUAAAUGUUAUACCAGAAUUUAUUGAUUGCAUAAUACAGCAUCACUGCGCGAAUUACCUGACUUACACGAGCCCGUUUAUGAGUCAAAGGGUGAGCGCAAAAUUUACUGGACGCAAUAUCUUCAGAGAGAAUCACGGUGCAGGAGCUAUAGAGUACCAAGAGGGUCGAAUUCUCGUGAAUGGCUCCCUAGAAUUCGUAAAAAAUUCAGGAUCCUUUGGAGGGGCUGCUCUUUUAAGCUCCAGUCAGAUUAUUCUGCACCCGGGUAGUCAAAUGAUUUUCCUUCAGAAUUAUGCUGGUGGUAUUGGCGGAGCAAUUCUUGUAAUCACGAGGUCGAAGUAUGAAUUUAUUCAUGAGUAUAAUCCGGAUUGUUUUGUCACUUACAGCGAAGGGAAGACUGCACCAUCCAAAUGGAAGGCAAAAGUGUCAUUCGUAAAGAACAGUGCCAAAGUCAAAGGUGCCGCCGUAUACAUUUCGACACUUAGUGCCUGUCUGUGGUACGAGAAGUAUCCUUUUCACAGUGUCCAAGAAGCAAUCCGUUGGAAUAAUACGUUUGAAUAUCAAGAUAAUUUCAUCCUUCCCGCUAAGGAUUUUAAGGCAUUAACUGGACCAGAGUAUGACAUUGCAACUGAUACACACCACUUUCAAGUAGAAGGGAAUCAAGACAUAAAUGUAGAGCUCUCACCAGGCGAGGAUGUGUCCCUUAACAUCCAGGGUUACGAUGAACUAAACCACACCAUCUUCACCAUUGCGACUUUGUCUGAAACGGGUAUCUCUGACACUGAACCCAAACUUCAACUGGAUAACGUCAUGCAUCUGUUGUCUCCCGUCACCAAGCAAUCUUUACCGUUAACGUAUCAGCUGGCCAACAGAACUGUAUACAAUGAGGUGAAAAAUAAGUCAGUACAUCAUUUUCAGUUGGAAGACAUCUUUUCAACACUCAAGAACAGAUACAUGUUUAACGUGACCGCAGUUCCUUGCAAACCAGGAUUCAAGUUUGAAGGGACAAAGUGCAAAUGUGACAAAACGAUCGAGGGUGUGCAAAGAUGUGAUGACGAUGACGGUACAAUCUACUUGAAAAAGGGGCAGUGGGGAGGAGAAGUCAAUGGUCGCCUGGUAACGUACUUCUGUCCUCCUGAUUACUGCCGCUGCGAGCGAGAUGGCGACUUGCCCGGAUGUGUAUUCAAACCGAAGUAUGUCGAUAAUCAGUGUAACCAUAACAGGACAGGGGUACUCUGUGGCAAAUGUCAGCAAGGCCUUAGUGUCGGUCUAAGAUCGGCAGAGUGUCUUCAGUGUGACGGUGCUUAUUGGAUUAUUGUUAUUUCCGUCAUCGCCGUUGUCGUUGUAUGCGUCAUCAUCAUUAUACUCAAUCCCAGCCUGUCUAGCGAGCUUCGAGGACCCCUGUUUUUCUUCCAGGUCCUCCCUUUCAUCUUCAAACCAAACAAUCAUGUCGGGCGGGUAGUAAUUUCUGUCGGAAACAUACUCAACUUUGGCGGCCCUUUCUUAUACUUCACGCACAUUUGUAUUGUAAAAGGGAUGACGAAUUUGUUCGCUGUUGCCAUGGGAUACCUGAUGCCGCUUGUUACUCUUCUCGUCUUUAUUAUAUCUUACAUUCUAAGCGCAAAUUUUUACCUCGUGAGAUUCAAACUUCGUAAACAUUCGAGCCUACAGUCGUUCUGGCUGAUGACACUUUUUGUGUACAACUAUCUCGCCGUUACGUCUUUCAUGUUGCUGAACUGCCCCAAAGUUGGUGGGAAAUUGAUUUUCUUUUACGAUGGUAACGUGGAGUGCUUCCGAGGGGAACAUUUAGCAAUGACCGUAGUUGCAUUCGUGGUUCUGUUUGGCUUCGUUAUUUCCCUGCCUGUGGUUGUGCUUAUCCUGACUAAAGGUUAUUGGAAGGUUGACCCACAGUAUGUCAACACGCUUAUCACUGGUCUGCGCCCGCAAUGUAGAUGGUGGUGGUCAGUGGAUAUGUUUCGGAGGUUGUUGUUGCUGUUCAGUUACUCGUUCAUUCCUCAUUGGUUCACAAAGCAGGUUGUCACGAUUAUCAUUUGCGCCUUCAUCCUGACUGUACACAGCAUGUUUCAACCAUACAGGAAGAAACGAGUCAAUGUGGUGGAGUCGCUGUACCUUUAUAUCCUGUGUGUGAUCGCCAUUAUGCAGAUCUUACAGGAGUCCGAUUAUAUCCCUGAUAUUGUUUGUUCCUUCCUGAUGAUAAUUACCACAUUGCAUGCCGGGGGAUUGACUUGUUACAAAGCUGUAGGGUUCUUCGAGAGGAGAUUCAAGUGUUUAUGUCCAAAACCGUGUCCCAGCCAACGCAAUUACGGUUCAAUGGGGGAGACAGCUAUCGACAGAUCUAUUGAUGAAGCUCAGAGACGGCGCAAGGACAUUUUUGACACGAUAUUUGAUAAAUCUGAAGAUGAGAACGGGAAUUGAUAUGGCUGGAAUUAUUGUCAAAAUUUAAGUUUUUCCGGAUUGGGUUAUGAAAAUAACAUGAACCGUGCAGGUCUGGAACACGAUUAUAUUUUAAAAAACUGGUACGAUGGAUAAAUCUUGAAUUAGUUCUAAAAGUUUAGUGGGACUUUAACUCCGAGGUGUAAGGGAGGAAUUUUCCCGAAUGACAUCAACGCAACUGA